AUGUCUGAUACAGAGAUAUCAAACCGGGGCGGCAAAGAAGAGGAUGUUGAAGACUUAUUUGGUGACGAUGAAGAUGAAGACCAAACAACCUCCAAGAUCGCCUCACAAUCGCAGGACGAAAAUGAAAGUGAGGAAGAUGAUAGAAGAGUCAAUAAUGAAUCUGAUCAGGAUAGUCAAGACGAGGAAGAGGAAUCUGAGAAACAACUCAAAGUUGCUGAUAUUACCAUACCACGACACGCGAAGUCAUAUAAGCCAGAAGAGGACACCUAUUCAAUAAAAAUGCCUGUUUAUCUAAAUGUUGAAGCCCACCCAUUUGACCCCAACGAAUUCAAAGAAAAAGUCCAGCAAAGUGCGAUUGAAAGAAGUAAGAGCUCUUUGGACUCUGCAGCUAUGCGCAGUGCCUCUAUUUCCGAAAAGCUCUUGAAUGAGAAUACUAUCCGGUGGAGAUAUUCCAACAGUGGAAACGACGAGAUUAUCAAACAGUCCAACGCGCACUUCAUUCAGUGGGACGAUGGCCUGUUAUCACUCAAGAUUGGAAAAGAAAUUUUCGAUUUCAGAGAUCUCCCUCUCAUGGACAACUUCCUCGCAAGAAGUCACGUUGAGCACGAGAUCUUACAAAACGAUUCGGUGUUGACAAAGUCGGCAAGUCUCUUGCCCUCUUCAACUGCUACCAAUACUCAUAGAAAAUUGACGCAGGCUGUGAAGAAUGUGCAAAAGAAGGACAAGAUUCUUAACACAUUGACCAACGACGACCCUAUGAUGAAACAAAGAAAAGCUGACGAAGACGAAAGAAAAACCCUCAAAAUGAAAAGACAGCUUGAGCAAAGAAGAAGGCUUCAGGAGGAAAGACUAGGGAAGGUCGAUAGCCCUGCGCCAAGUCGUGGUAGCUAUUCCUCUGCCUACGAAAGAUUUGAGCGGACGUACGGAGACGACGAGUAUGAUGAUGAAGACGACUUUGUCGCUAACGACGACGAAGAACCCGAGAUGGACGAAGACGAGGAAGAGGAUGGGGAAGGAUUUGACGCAAAUGAUGAAGAGGAGGCUUUUGACAAGGGUGCCGAGAGAUUGAAGAGCUUGAAGUCCGAAGGACAGUUCAAAUAUAAGUCUUCAACACCUGACGACAACGAGGACAGGCGCAAGAGGAGAAGAAUUAUCGAUUCUGACGAUGAGUAA